AUGGUCGAGCGCAACCCGUGGUACACCCGCGUGGAGGGCCCGUUCCCGGAGAGGUACGGAUGCGUCGGCGUCAAGCCCGACGGCGGCGGCAGCAUGCGCGGCCGCGGCCUCGUCGGACCGAUGAAACUUCACCACGCCGUCAUGAACCGAGACAUGGAACUCUGUCUCAAGCUCCUCGCGGAUGGCCAGGACGUCAACGAGGUGGAGGGCGCGGGAAACACCCCGCUGCACUUCGCCGCGUACGAGGGCUGGUGCCAGGGCAUCGAGAUGCUCGUCACGAAAGGCGCCAAGAUCAACGCCACCAACAACGCGGGCGACAGCGCGUGGGUGUGGGCGUGGAACACCCGAGACCCGGAUGCCAUCGAGAUGCUCGAGAAGCUCGGCGCGGACACCGGCUACCGCGGCAAAGUCAUCGUCCCGGAGCACAUCCCCAAGGUGAAGGACUUCUACGAGCUGGAGGGGGGUAAGGACCACCCCAAGCCCUCGCUGGAGUUCCUCGAGCUGAAGCGAGAGGAGGACAGGCAGAGGGAGCUUCAGGAGAACUACGACUGGGACGUGUGGUCGGCGCCGGGAACCAAAGGGGACAUGAGCUCGAACAGGACCUAA